AGAAAGCUGCCGGACAAGGCAAACCUGAAGGCAAACGCUUUACGUCGGAACGGCCGACUGAUUUGUCGAGGAGACGAAAUAUAUCAAAUAUAAAAAAAUAACAGAUACCUUUGUCGACUUAUUAUUCGCAUCUCUCAAUACUAAUAAUGGCUGAUCCUGGCACAGACGAAAGGGUGACUGACGAGGUCGAAGCUCUCAAAGCUAUUCUUCUUGAUCACGAAUUGCACAUAAAAGAAAACCGAAGAGGUGAACCGGAAUGCAUCGAGACCAUAGUGUUUCCAUCAACUGGAGAAGAUUCUCAGUCUCAGUACGUCUGCGUCAGAUUAGUUGUGAAUUUGCCACCUGGCUACCCAGAUGUUUCGCCAAAAGUUACACUCCGAAAUCCACGAGGAUUGCACGAAGACACUGUUCGUCUCAUACAAGCAGAUGCAGAAGCGAAGUGCCAAGAUUUUGUUGGACAACCCGUUAUGUUCGAGUUGAUUGAGCUGGUACGGGAACAUCUGACCUGUAGCAACUUGCCCUCUGGCCAAUGCGCCGUUUGCCUCUAUGGAUUCAGAGAGGGUGAUGAAUUCACGAAAACCGAUUGCUAUCAUCAUUUUCACUCGCAUUGCCUCGCGGCUCACGUAGCUGCUGCUGAACGACACUAUAGAGAGGAGCAGGAAAAAGUGCCGCUAUGGCAACAAGAUCCUAAAAACAAGUUCCAAGCAAUCUGUCCCGUAUGCCGAGAACCGAUUGAAUGCAACGUUGAAAGUCUAAGCCUUGCUCCACCGCCGUUUGAGGUUGAAACUGCAAAAGAUUUUACAGUCACUGCGGAACUGAGGGAACUGCAACAUCAGAUGGCUGCCUUAUUUUUACAUCAGCAGCAGAGGGGAGGAAUAAUAGAUCUUGAAGCUGAGGGAGUUAAGAUGCUCUUACGGACUGAAGAUGAGUCUACCGGUGCUGGAGAGGAGCCCAGUCCUCCUGGGACAAGUUUAACUGCAAUACAAAACCAGGAGGAACCAGUCGUAACUCAGGUGCAGCACCCUCAGCAGUUCACGGCGCAGCAGAAACCUAAUCAAUAUCAGCCACGGCAAUCGCAACAAAAUCAUCAGAGACAUAAUAACCAUGGCCAUCGAAACCGGGGACGUGGACGUCCUCAUUAUCGACGCCACUUUGACAGAGUACGGCAAGCAGAGGCAACUCCCAGAUGACAAUGGGUUCGCGACAACCUCAGCACUGCCUGGCACCUCUCGUCAUUGAAUUUACACAAUACAAUUAGCAUUAUUAGCGUAAUACUCGACGUUACUAGCUAUGGCUGUCAAAUUUUCAAUCGUCUUUGUGUGAUUAAAUUAUAGGUAACGUUGUCCUUAGCAGCUCUCCCAUUGUAACGGUAUAUAAAGUGGGAUGCGUUUGAACUUUUGGAUACGGUGUACGAUCACAGUAAAUCGUUUAGACUCAUUCCCAUCACAUUAAUUGCAGACAAUGCGUUCAAGAUUUAGGUUUUGAACAGUUUAAUGUGAUAAUUAAAACAUCAAGAAAGUAAGUUUAGAAGUUAUAGUGAAUUUUGUAAAUUGUUUUCAAAUUAAAAUGAAAUUAGACUUGCUUUACCGAUAUACUUCCAUAGAAUUGUGAAUAGCGAUAUUUUCCCAAGUUCUGAAACACAUACCAUACAUACGUACAUAGUAUACAUAUUUUUAUUCCUUGCAACUUUUUUGAUUCUCUUGUUUUUCUGGCUGGUUUCUAAUAUCCCAAUCAAUAUGCAAUAUCUAGUCAAACUUUGUGUGAGAUUUUAGAAAAAUGGCGGAAAUGAAGAACGUGAUUUUUCGAAUGGUUAUCUUAUAGCUAUGCAAGGCUUGUGAUGGACAUCAAUUAAAGCAGGAGCAGGCAAUAGUUUUAUAAGGGUAUUGAAGAUAAUCACUCAAUGCGACUCGAGCUUAAGAUGUAAGUGGAAAGUAAAAUGUUCCGAAUUGUUAGACUAAUAAAAAUUACUCCCAUGUUAUAUGCCGUGUAAUAAAUGUUGUCAAAAUAUACAUAUA